AUGCAAGGCUUCAAUAUGGGACGCUACAUCCCCCCGGACCAAGAAGGUCUCACCACCUCCAACAAACUCGCCAACAAACACCCUCUCGGCAACCGAGCGCGCCACCUCCAAACAAAGGGUGCUCUAAUCGUCCGCUUCGAAAUGCCCUUUGCAAUCUGGUGCACAACCUGCAAACCGCACGAAACCAUAAUAGGGCAAGGCGUACGCUUCAACGCGGAAAAGAAGAAGGUGGGGCAGUAUUUUUCGACGCCCGUGUAUAGUUUUAGGAUGAAGCAUGCGGUUUGUGGGGGGUGGAUUGAGAUUAGGACUGAUCCGAAGAAUACGGCAUACGUCGUUACGGAGGGUGGGCGGAAGAGGGAUACGGGGGAGGAUAAAGAUGGAGAAUUGGGACCGGGGGAAAUCAGGAUUAAGCUACAUGCUGGCGAUGAGACGGACGAAAAAAAGGAUGCGUUUGCGAGGUUGGAAGGCAAGGUUGAGGAUAAAAGACAGUUUGAUACGGCUGCGACUAGGAUUGGGGAGUUGGUCAAACGGCAAGAUCGCGAUUGGGAUGAUCCGUAUGAACAGUCGAGACGGUUGCGAAAGUCGUUUCGGACGGAGCGUAAGCGGCUUGAGAAAGUUGGGCAGGCGACGGAAGCUCUCAAGGAUAAAAUGAGUUUGGGGAUUGACUUGUUGGAAGAGACGGAGGAGGAUAAGCUGCGGGCUGGACUUGUUGAUUUUGGUCCUGCUAAUACUCUGCUGGACGGUAGUAAUGCUCUGGCGACCAUGAGUCAGACUCGACCGAUGUUCGAUAACGGCACACCCAUAAAGCAGUCUUCAGGCUUUCAAAGGAAGGAAGAAAGUAGGAAACACAAAGCAAAGCUCAAAGCGGAACAACUCGCAGCUGAACGAAAGGCUUUGCUGAGCAAUGAGCUGCGCGGGAACACGCGCGCCGCGGUGGAUCCGUUCUUGAACGAGGGUGCGAAAAUAUGGCAACCAACGUUAUUAAAGACACGGAAGAAGAAAUUUACGGACGCUGAUACUUCGACGGAGCGUGGUGGCCAGGCGGAAGAAGCAGAGCCAGUGGCAUCUACGACAGCGCCUUCAAAGACCCCGGCACCGAUCGCUCUGGUUACGUAUGGAUCGGAUUCCGAAUGA